AUCUUAAAGCAACCCUACUCAGUGUCUAUAUAAUACUCGAAUCCCAAUCUUUUUGUUCAUUAAGCUAUACAUAUUACAACUUAUUUCAUUUUGUCAUCUAAAAAAAUAUUGUUUCAAUUUUGUUUUUUGCAUGAGAUAUAUAUAUAGACACUAAUUCUUUUUUGUGAUUGAAUUAAAAGAUGAAGCAACAAUAUGCAAUGGAAAUUCCAGUACAUGCACCAACUAUUGUUGGUGCUAAAGAGUUUUCUACUGGUAUUAAUGGUUGUUUCUCUGAUGUUUCUCUAUGUUGUUUGACAUGUUGGUGUCCAUGCAUUACCUUUGGACGUAUCGCAGAGAUUGUUGACAAAGGCUCGUCAUCUUCUGGAACAAACGGGGCAAUAUAUUCACUACUCAUGUUUUUAAGUGGCUGUCAUUUUAUGUAUUCAUGCAUGUAUCGUUCUAAGAUGAGGGCUCAAUUUGGAAUGCCAGAAGAUAAUUGUAGAGAUUUUGUUGCCCAUUUUUGUUGCGAAAGACGUGCAUUAUGCCAAGAGUACCGUGAACUACAAUAUCAUGGUUAUGAUCCUGCCCUUGGAUGGCAAGGUCAGAAGCAAAACCAAGGACUAGUGGCUCCGCCGAUGCCAGGUGGCAUGACCAGAUAGGUUACAUGAAAGAAUGAAGAACUUUAAACUAGUUCAUGUAUGAAAAACCUCUGUUUGAGUAUUGUACUAAAUUGUUGUGUAUGUCUUUUGCUUUCUUUUGCAUAUUGAAAUUAUGAUUUUCUUGUUUCUGGAGAAUUCAAGUGUUUAUAUAUGUUCCUCAAGUCUUAUUAAUAAAAAUUACCUGAUGAGCAAAUUUUAUGUAAA